CCUUCAACCAAAGUUUACUCGUUUUCAUUCAACACAAAAAAUGGUUGCUCCAGCAGACUCGAUCGUGCAUCUGCUAAAGUCGGCUCGCUGCGUCGUGUUUGACGUGGACAGCACGCUUAUUCAAGAAGAGGGCAUUGACGUGCUGGCUGAUUUCUGCGGUGUCGGAAAGCAAGUCGCCGAGCUCACCUCGCAGGCCAUGGGCGGCGCGGUGCCCUUCCAGGUCGCCCUCAAGCAACGACUGGAUCUCAUCAAGCCAAGUGCCCAAAACAUCCACGACUGCUUGCAACAACAUCCGCCGCACCUGACCUCUGGCGUCAAGGAGCUGGUCGAGAUGCUCAAGGCGUGCGGCGUUGACGUCUAUGUCGUGACUGGAGGAUUCCGACAAAUGAUCGCGCCUGUUAUCGAUGAACUCGAGAUUGCCGCCGACCACGUCUUUGCCAACCAAAUCCUCUUUGAGAACGAGACUGGCAGCUACGCGGGCUUUGACGACAAGGCCCUGACCUCGCAAAGCGGCGGGAAAGGCAAAGCUGUGGCGCUCAUCAAGGCCAAGCACGAAAAUGCAGUCACCAUCAUGGUCGGCGAUGGCAUCACCGAUCUCGAGGCACGACCUCCUGCAGACAUGUUCAUUGGCUUUGGAGGAAACGUUCGGCGACAGGCAGUCCAGGAACGCGCCGACUGGUUUGUCACGUCCUUUUCCGAAGUUAUUGCCGCGCUGCAAUAAUCACCCAAGAAUGAUUGUCCCAUGUACUUUUAGAUCUAGACGUAGAAUGCCGUGAUUGUAUCAAUCACAUUUUGACUCUAUAUUUGGGAUCCGAUAGCACUUGAAGCCAAAACGAACAACGCAACAACAA